AUGCAACCAUUAUUGCCUCCUUUCAAGGAGUCCUAUAAAAGAGAGGAUGCUUCCGCCGACAAUAGUCCAAGCAGUAGUCAUCAUCAUCAUUUUUCAAUGUUGCCAGUUUCACAACAUCACCACUCACAAACCUCCUAUCAACCAUCGAAUUUUCAUCCAAUUAUUCCUCCAUUUGCUCCUUCCAACAGCAAUAAUGGAAACAACAACAAUACCUCCCAUGCUGGCAUUCCAAUUGCGACUGCAACCACAACAACCAAUGCACAACAACCGGAAAAACCUGUCAAGAAACGAAGACAAUCCACUGCUACUAACAAGAGUAAUAAUGGCGGUGAAGCGAAUAGCUCAAAUAAUCAACAAUCACAACAACAACAAUAUCAACAAGCCAACAGUAAUGAUGGCUCUGAGUCUCCAAAAAAGAAAAAAAAGAGAAAACAAGUGAAGAGAGCUUGCAUCAAUUGUCAUAAAAGUCAUGCUGGAUGUGAUGAUGUUCGACCCUGUAAACGAUGUGUUUCUUUGGGUCUCGAAGCCACUUGUCUCGAUGUGGAACCUAGGAACAACAAGAAAAAGGCCAACAACUCCAAUCCGUCCCAUUCCUCAACCAAUCACAACAAUAAUAACAACACAUCAUCCGUCGAUGGAGCCAAUAACAAUGCAUCCACUAGCUCACUAAAACCACAAACAAAAUCCACAUCUGCAUCCGAUUCGCCUUCACGUUACAACAGCAGCAAUAUUGGCAAUGCAACAUUCUAUUCAUGGACAUCAGGAGCUCCUGCUGCCCAAAGUGCUCAUUAUCAAUCUUUGCAUCAUCCACUCUUUCCACCUCCAAACAGUAACAAAUUAAGCUCUCCUUCCAUGUCACAACAUUCUGGUGGGUCCUCAGGCUCACCUUAUCAUCAUCACCAUCAUUCUCAUCACACGACCGCCUAUCAUCCUCCCAGUAGUAGUGACAGUGGAGCGAAUCAGCGAGGAGGUAGUAGCACCCUAUUACCGCCUCCAUCGUCACUUAUUGCCAAUACUGAUGGUAUUCCAAAUCUUGCCUCGCCUUCCGAUAUCUUUUCCGACUCGGCAUCCAGAGUAGCACCUUCGUCAUCAACAAUUUCUCCUCAAUCUCAUUUGACUUUGCUUAAUAGUGUAAUGUUGCAGCAACAAAUGUUGUUACAGGCUCUACAGAAAUUGGAUCCUACAGGUUCAUUAGAUCCCUCCCUCACACAAAAUGUAAUUUCUGGUAAUCAAACCUUGUUGUCACACGCUUCAUCUCUGUACCCAAACAUGAAUUCCGAGAAAACCAAUCCGCCCUAUCUAUUACCUCCACCCUCUACACUUUCAUCUCAAUCUCCAUCCUUACUUCCAUCUGUAAAUACUACUUCGAGUCUCACCUCUCCGAAUAUUCAUUCCAUCAAUAGAACCUAUUCUUCAAGUUCUUUGGAAGGUCUGCUUGGUCCACCAACUCCAACAGCAGCCACUCCUCUUGGUCAUCAUUCAGUUUCAACUCCUGUUCCUGUAGCUACUACUCCUGUGCAACCUGUUCAUGAUCCAUCACUUUCAUUAAAUGAUUCUCAGACCAAUAGCAACCAUCAUGCUCAGGCAACAAAAUCAACAAAUUCAGAUCAAAAAUCGAAUAACAAUGUCCAAAAUGAUGAUAAUAAGAGUGAAGGACUGGAAAAGGAAGAAGACGGAGCAGAGGAUGAAUUUAUUGGAUUCUUUAGAAGACCCAGCAAUAAUGUUGACAUUAUUGAUGAUUAUUUUGCAUUAUUUAACAGUAACAUUUCUGAUGAUGGCUACAUUGAAGAAAAUACUGUCAACACAAAUGCUACCUCUUCAACAACUCCAACAGCUACAACUCCAAGUGGCGAAAAUGCCAUGCUUAAUGACGCACAGCAUGGAUCUGAUGGUGUUCUCUCUCAUAGCACAUCAUUUACUUUGGAGAGUACAUCUCCAAUUUCCAAUGUUGUCAACACUUGCAUUCUCAACAAGACUCAGUUAGAGGAUCCUGACAAAUGUUCAGGAUGUGUUUAUUUACCUGCUGGUGAAGCUGAUACUAUUAUGUGUGUUGCAAUUUGGAAACUGAAUGGAGUUUUAUUUUCUGCAAACAAGAACUUUUUCACAAUUUUUGGAGUACCGAGUCUUUCAGACAAUGUUCAAAUUAAUUUCUCUUCCAUCUUGGAUAUGGACAUGGAUCCAGAUCUCAAACAAGUGUUCAGUUGUAGAUCUGAUUUUGUUGCAAAGAGCAUCAAGAUGCAGAAAUAUAUGGAUAGCUCAAAGAGAGAUAAUUCCGUUCCUAGAGAACAAAUUGAAGGAUAUAUGCAAGCCUAUGUCAUUCGAAAUGCACAAGGAAUUCUUCCAAGAUAUAUUUCUACACACAUUUCAGUUGCCACAAAACUCUAA